AUGAGGGCGAUACCUCGUGCGAACUGGGUUCAGAGUGAGACAGGUGCCCGCUGCGUGUGGCACAAGGCCUUUCAAACUGCCGGACGAAGUCCGCAAGGUUGGGCAGAUGGCCUUCACUCGCUCCGGUAUCCCUUUCCGACAGCAGCGUGUGUGGGGGAACGUGAUGGGUCAGAUCUCACCCAUCAUUUCCCUUUCCUCGCUAUCACCUUGGUGAGGGGGUUAGACCUAGUAAACAUAUUCCUUCACCCUCUUCAUUUAAGGCCGUUCAGGACAACACUUGGUUCAGAUUCAGACGCCACGUUGCACGCUGCCACAUGCAACAAGGUCCGGGCUCCACUUGCAACGAAGCUAUGCGGGAGGGGGCCUGCUGAAUUGUUGCCCACGUCCAGUGAAGUUGCCUUCCAAGAUUUACUCAAAACAUGUCGCAAAGACACCCAUUACUUGCCGGCCUUCUUCACCAGCGGUUCUGGGCUUGCCAUCUGCGGACUGCCUGCGUCAUGGCUGGGCUCAGGCUUGCUUCUCUCUGGCCCGUCACAUGUCAGCACUGCCUCGAUUUCAUCACAGUCACCUUCCAUCCUUUUGUUUGGCCAAUGGCAGUGGCAAAGGCAGUGGCAAUGGAAGUUGUGGCCUACAAUGUCUGUUGGAACAUGGCUUGUUUCUGGGCCAGCUGCCCGAUGGACCAAACUGCGACACGUCAGCUUGCUUGGACAAUCUCCCUGCAGCCGCAGCCAGAUGGUUUUGGACACGUGGCAUGCACUGGAUGGUUCAGAUGAUGCCGCGUUGAAUCCUGUUCUACAGCCUUCCUUCUUUGCUUGCGACAAGGCCUGGGAGCCUCUACUUGCAGCGCCUUGGGAGCCUGUUGAAUUGUCGCCAGAGUCCCAAAGCGCCUUCCGAGGCUUGCGGAGAGCACUUCUCAAAGCAGAGGCCUCCGUCCAAUCGUUCAGAGCCGACGUGGCUCGUUGCAGCAGCUUCGACCACUCUUGUUGCCGGAAUCCUGCUGAGGUUUGCGCGUAG